CCCUUUUCUUCUUCCUUUCUUGAUGUUGAAUUCAUGUGCAGAUCAAGUAAUUCAUUUGAGUAGUUAUUGUGCAAGUCUUCCAACUCCUACACAUCAAGAUCCUUAAUCUCCUUGCCGUUUAUCCCCUUGGAUCUUUCGUCCAUGGCCAAUGUUCGGCCUGUUGUUUUCCCGUCCGGCGGAAAUCCCAUCAACGGUCCGCAACAGCGCCGAGGCCCUACUGUGCCGUUUCAGACACCACGCCCCGCAAACCCUAACAUUCCUUUCAUGUCCUUCGAUGUUGGACGUGGUGGAUCCCCCCCGCCUCCAGAAUCGACGCCCUUCUAUCCUCCUCCUUCCUAUGGCGGAAAUGGGAUGGGCAUUGGCUCGGGCUUCGAGGACGAGCUACCUUUAUUGGAAGAACUCGGUAUCAACACUCGUCAAAUCUGGAGGAAGACUAUCUCCAUCUUUAACCCCCUUAGAGUGAACGCCAAUCUUCAUGAGGAUGGAGACUUAUCAGGUCCCUUUCUGUUCCUCAUGGCUUUCGGCCUCUUUCAAUUGCUUUCUGGAAAGAUCCAUUUCGGCAUUAUUUUGGGUUGGGUUACCGUUGCUGCUCUUUUCCUCUACGUCGUAUUCAACAUGUUGGCGGGCCGCAAUGGGAAUUUGGAUCUGUACCGUUGCUUGAGCCUCCUUGGCUACUGUAUGCUGCCAUUGGUGAUCUUUUCGGCAUUCUCCUUGUUCCUUCCGGAAGGAGGAGUUUUUAUUUUUGCGUUGGGAGCAUUUUUUGUGCUAUGGUCGACGAGGGUUUGUACACAGCUUCUGGUUGAGCUAGCUUCUUGCGGGGAUGAGCAUCGGGGUUUGAUAUUUUAUGCUUGUUGCUUGAUUUACAUGUUGUUUUCUCUUCUUGUGAUAUUCUGAAAGUGAUUGUUGCAAAGUUUACAUUGGGAGAGUUCCAUUUAAUGUUGUUGUAGCUUCCUUCUCACAGUUCUUUUUGUAAUUUUGUUUUGCUCACUUUGUAAAGCCUGCCUGAUUUUUAGGUUUCACAUCGAAUGCGAAUUGUUCAUCAGUUAGGUA